AGAAGCGGUGACAAAGCUGCAAUUCAGAAAGCAAUGGGCCUUUGUUUCCGACAGAUGAAUACAAGUACAAUCCCUCAGAGAGAACACAUGCUCAUUCUGAAACACGGAGGUCAGAUUCCACGACACUUCCAACCUCAUCAUCGAGGAACCGAGGGCAAAGCAAAGCAGAGAACAACGUCAGACAAGUAAGGCUCAAACGCUGAGGGUACAACAGAAAACACUGCAAAACACCCACUGGAGUGAGAUUUCACCAGGUCCAGAUGGGAUAUUCCCCACGUUGCUGAGGGAGAUAAAAGCUGAAAAUUGCACAGAUGCUGCCAGACCUGCUGACCUUCUCCAGCAACACUUGUUUAUAUUCCUGAUUUACAACAUCUGCAGUUCUUUCAGCUUUUAUAAAUGGCUUUGAAUGGAUCAGAAAGCUUUUCCAACUAUUCAAACACCACAACGGAAGACAAGUGCGCGCCAGACCGAGAAAUCAGCCAGGUGAUCUUCUCCGUGCUCUAUUCUGUCUUCUUCAUUGGUGGCCUGCUAAUGAACAGCCUGGCCAUUUGGGUGUUCUUUCAAAUACCGAGCAAGUCCAACUUCAUCGUGUACCUCAAGAACACAGUCGUAGCCGAUCUGCUGAUGACACUGAUAUUCCCAUUUAAAAUAGCCAUCGAGUCAAAGUUCAGAACGCCAGGACUCCAAGUCUUCGUAUGUCAAGUUAGUUCAGUCCUAUUCUACUUGACCAUGUAUAUCAGCAUCAUAUUCUUAGGGCUGAUAAGUGCCGACCGCUAUCAGAAAGCAGCUAAACCAUUUGGCCAUUCUGGCACGUGCAAACCCAAAACUGCAAAGAUUCUCUCGGCAACCAUAUGGCUGUGCAUGUUUCUCUUGGUGCUGCCCAAUAUGGUGCUGUACAAGGGAAGCACCAUACCAGCAAAUGAGCGCAAAUGCUCCUCACUCAAGACUGACUUAGGCUUAAAAUGGCAUGAGCUGGUCAACUUUGUCUGCCAGAUCAUAUUCUGGAGUAACUUGAUAUUAAUAGUCGUGUGCUAUUUUCUAAUAACGAGAGAACUUUAUAAAUCCUUUCACAAGACAAAAGGCAGUUCCAGGCAAGUUAAGAAAGUCAAUUUCAAUGUCUUUCUUGUGCUGGCCGUAUUCUUUAUCUGUUUUGUUCCUUUUCAUUUCGCCAGGAUCCCAUACACGCUGAGUCAGACCCGAGAUGCCUACCAGUGCUCCACUCAAGUUGCUCUUUAUUACAUUAAGGAAAGCACACUGAGUUUGUCAGCAUUAAAUGCAUGUCUUGACCCACUGAUAUAUUUUUUCCUAUGUAGGUCAUUCAAGAACAUGCUAUUUGCAAAGCUGAACAACUGCGCACACAGAUUGCCAAAAAUACAGAAAGGUGAUUACCCAUCCAGCACGGACACUCCACUCUAAGUUGCACCAUAACAUUACACUCUCCAAUAUCCUCACCUGGUUUCUGCACAAGUCCUGGGAAACAUUGCACAGCGUUCAGUGUUAUAAAAUUAGCAAUAAAAUUUACACUUUAUAUGUAUUCUACAUAUUUGAUUUCUAUGGGGUUGAGGAUGUUUCCUUAUGUUAAAGACAAGUUCUGCGGUUGACUCUUAACUGCUCUCUGAGCAAUUAGGGAUGGCAACAAACGCUGGAUUAACCAGCAAUGCCCACAUCUGUAAAUAAAUUUAAAAAGAAAUUGUUGUUGCUUGGGCCAGGGAAAGAAUAUUAAGUCCCAAACAAAACAAACUAGAUACAUAUGGGAUCUUUCUUAUGGUAAACCAUCCCAAAGUUCUUUACAAUUGAAUAAUUGAUCAGGACAUCCUGAUACAGCAUAACUAGACCUGAUGUUCUUGCCUAUUUCUACAAUGAGGGAGUAUAUAUAAUAAUUCAUUGAAUCUUUACAGUGUGGAAGCAGGCCAUUCAGCCCAUCAAGUCCACAACACCCCCUCUGAACAGCAUCUCACCCAGACCCACCCAGCUUCCCUAUCCGCAUAACCCCACGCUUCUUACAGCUAGUCCAACUAAUUUUCACAUCCCUGGAAACCAUGAGCAAUUUAGCACGGCCAAUCCAACUAAGCUGCAUAUCUUUGGACUGUGGGAAGAACCAGACCACCCAAAGGAAGCCCACACACACCCGUUGAGCAUGUGCAGAUUCCAUACAGACAUUCAUCCAAGGGGUGAAUCUAAUCUGGGUCCCUGGUGCUGAGAGAUAGAGCGCUAACCACUCAGCCCUCGUGCUGUCCAUAUGUAUAUGUAGAUUUUUUUUGAUUACUUU